AUGGAUGGUGAGGACGGAGAAGGAGAGGAUGAGCUGGCUGCCAUCUCGGCCAUGUACGAAGAAUCCAUCGAGAACAUCGUCAGACCCUGCAGCCUGACAGAGGGCUUCAUCGCCGUUGUAGAGCUCAAGUUCAACAUGACGAGGCUCCGAGUUCACAUACCGCGGGGAUACCCUGAGAUCAGGCCGGUGGUGUGCAUGGAGGAGCCAGGAGAGGAGGACGGUGGAUACAGCGAGCAACUCAUGAUGAAGAUACAAGCAUGUGUCACUGCACGCAACGCUUGCUUCUCAUGCACCAAGAGCAAGACUGUUGAGUUCGAGAGAAAGUCCGACGGCAUUGAUUCAGACAACGUCAUCACCCUGAUCGAGGCGAUCCGGUGUUUGAUAGACGAGGAGGACGCAUCAAGGGCGGGGCAGGAUGCUUGCUCUAGGGUGGCCUCGAGGCCUCAGUCUGAGAUUGUUGCGUGCUCGAGCGCUGUCAACAACAUCAGCAGCAUUCUCCCGACAGACCUGUUGACUAAGGUAAUAUCGAAGAUCGACAGGAGCCACCUGCUCAAAGUCUCGCUGGUCUGCAAGCUCUUCUCCUUCGCCGUCGACUCGGCUGAGAUUUGGCUGGAGAACAUGAGGAGGAAGGGAUGGGAAGGCCAGGCAGUAAUGGCAGGGGCAUCGAACUCUGACGACGGGUCGGACUAUGCAGCUCACUGCCUACCUCUCAAGGGUGGACGGGACACUGCUGCUGCUGCUGCUUCUGCUGCUGCCAACAUCAAGAACGUGUUCCGGGACAUGUGGAGGAGCGAGCUGCUGUGGUAUAUGAGGGAGACGAGCUCUAAGGGUGUGGUGGCGAGCUUGUCGAGAUUGGGCGAUCAGGCGUCGACUUCGGCAGUCACAGGCCUUGCCUACCUGCGGGGAGGAGACGACGACCUCCUGCUGGCCGUGGGUCUGAGCAAGUCGAUCCACGUCCUCCCGCUGCGAGAAUUCUCCUGGAGAGGUGAGGGCGAGGAGAGAGACGAGCGGGCCCCGCCGAGUGAACUGACGGGAGGGAUGGGGGGGGCGGCAGAAGGUGGAGGGAGCGGCGACCUGGUGGACCCGUUCACGGGGAUCAAGGAGCUGGCUGUGAGGGAUCAUCGCAGCUACGAUGGGAAGAUGGUGAACGUGCAGUCGUCCUCGGACGGAAAGAGUCUCGUCGCUGCUCUCAAUAACGGCAAGCUUAUGGCGUGGAAGGCAGGGACCAACGGGGUGAAGAGAGCAGAGGACAUGGGAAACAGCGCCGAUGCUAUCAUCCUCCGACCCCACAAGUCGUCCAUCAGGCAGUUCCAAGUGAGGACGCUGAGCUCGUCGCACCACCCCGUGGUCAUCGCAGGGGGAGACGACGGGUGCCUGUCCGUCUCGAGCGUGAGCAAGCAGAAGGGGGGGGCGUCGAGCAUGUUGAUGAGAGGGCACGGAGCAGCGAUCACGUGCGUUGACAGCAGCAAGGAUGAAGCAACUCAUGUUUGGGCGCAUGCGAUUGACAACGAGGCUGCGCUGACUCCUGCGCCAGCUGCUGGCAGCGUCUGGUGCAGCAGACGGGAGGGUGAAGCUGUGGGACUGCGAGAGGGGAAUGUGCUUGUUCAGAUCAUAGCGGGUAUGCACGACGGGAUCGUAAACUUCUACGACCCUCGCGCAAGCUCAGGGCAAGACGGGAGGAAGGCGAACCUUGUCUGCAGCAUCUCUCGCGCGUCCGCCCGCGACCCGGAGGAGCGAAUCUUCCGUUGCUCGAGCGUGUGGGACAAGUGGGGUAUCCACUGGCUAUGGGGUCAGCGCGCCAUGCUGGCCUCGGAGGAGGAGCUGCUGUGGGGGAGGAUAGGUUUCCCUCGCCGAGCCCUGUCAACCCUGCGCUGCAGCCCCAACGGGAGGAUGCUGGUGACGGUGGACACGCUGGAGGAGCUCUCGUGCUUCGAUCUGCGGAGGAUGGGAGUGUGCGUGAAUGUGCAAGCAGGGGAGACGAUUGGAAGGAGAGCAACGAGCGAGAAGACGCAGUGGAGCAGCGAGGAGGUGAAGAAAGGGAGAUUCAGCUCUGAGCUCGAUUGGAAGGCGAGCAGGAUCAUUCAAGAGUCCUGCAACUUUUGCGACGUGAUGCACAGGUAA